AUGAUAGUUACUCCGGUUAUCGAAGAACUACGAAGGCGGCAAAAACCAGUAAGUGCUAAUCAUGAAAAUCUUGGAGAUGGCAAGGAGUUUGUUGUGCAACAUGAUACUGAAACGGGUGAAGAGGAUGGAUUCCACGCAGACUCUCCUUUUGAAUUUCAAGCUCUGGAAGUGGCAUUGGAAGCCAUGUGUAUUUUUCUUUCUGCACACACUAUAGAAUUGGAGACUGCUGUCUAUGCAGCUUUAGAUAUGCUUACAUCAAAGGUGAGGGAUGAGUUAGAACAACUUUUGGACGAUGAUGAUGAUAUGGCAGACCUUUACCUUUCUAGAAAGUUGGCCAGUGCUGUUAGUGGCUCGGGUGCUGCUAGUUGGUUCCUUGGAUCGCCUACUAUGGGCUCAAAGAUUUCUAGAGUCAGUAUGGCCAGUAUAGCAACAGUUCGCGGAGAAUGA